AUGAAUCCAAUGAACUGGUCCAGUUUUAAUCAGUCAGAUGCAUUUACUGAUCAACCAGAGAAUUCCUUCCUUCCGUCAGUAUUCAAGGAUACAGACGAUGUCAUCAGAUUACUACCAAACUAUCCAUAUAAUCAUAAAAUAAACGAAGAUCAGUAUAAUUCGAACAUUGUAAAUUUAUUGCCUGAGAAAUUAAAACAAAAAGAUAAUCUUUUAACUUUUUCAACAUCAAUUAAAAGCCCUCAUUGUUCUACUGUGAUCACAUCAACAAAAAAGAAUCAAAACUAUAGUACACCUGAAGUAGCCGUUGAUGAUUUCAACAUUAUUGAACCACCUUCAUUAUCAACAACAUCAUCAUCAUCAAUAGUCCUUUCAACAGGUAUAAGACGUCGUGGUCCUAAAAAGAAGAAAAAACCUGAUUCACAAGAACGUCUAGUACGAAUGAAAAUGAGACGAGCUCGAGCGAAUGCACGUGAACGUAGUCGAAUGCAUGGGUUGAAUUCUGCUUUGGAUACUUUAAGACAGCAUAUACUACCGUCAGCUUUAGUGAAUGGAGAUAUUUCUUUGGAUCGUAAUUCACCAUAUGCCAGAAUGCAGAUCAAUCAUAAUGCGAUUAACAGUGAUCGGAAAAAUCAACAGUCGACGACUGUAACCGAUCAGGUGAGUUCUACCAGUACUACAAUAAACAAUAAUAAUAAUAACAAUAGAAAUAUGUCUAAUUUACAUCAAUUUGGUCAAAAAUUGAGUAAAAUUGAAACACUUCGACUAGCUUGUAAUUAUAUUGGUCUAUUAGCUUCCAUAUUGAAUAAUAUACAAUUUGAUUCGAUAACAGAUAUUAUCAAAUACUUAUGUCAUGGUUUAUCACAGAUUACAACUAAUCAGAUUGCAGCUGCUCUUCAUAGUGAUCCCUCACGAUUAUUAAAGCAUUAUACAUUUGACAAACGGGACGGAGAGGGGAAGGAGGCGAAGGCGGAGGUCGAGGCGCAGGUGGAGACAAUGGAGAAGGAGAAGAGGACAUCAUCGACGAUUGAAGGCGAUAUCUUACUGUCUUCGUUAGCCUCCUCUUCAUCUUCAUCAUUGUCAAAGAUGUCUGAAUCCCUGUCGAAAUCAACAACCUCAACAACACCACCACCAACAACAACAGCAACCACUACCAAUUAUUGGUGGAUAGACAGUCCAAUGACUGAGGGUGGUGUUCAUCAAACUGAAAAAUUACCAACAGGAUUAAUGAGGUCAAAUGUAUUAGAAGGUAAAUUAACCACCAAUGAAGAACGCUUGAUUGAUUAUAUUGAUUGUCAACAAACUAUUCCUCCAUCUAUACAAAUGUGUUCAUCGAAGUGUAGAGAUUUAAUAAAAAAUCAAAAUUAUUAUUAUUAUUACUAUGGUUGUUAUUGUUAUUAUUCUCAAAAUAUCAGCUCAUUAUCAAUUCAUCAGCAUAAUCACCAUCAUCAUCAUCAUCAUCAAGUGGAAAUGGAUGAAUACAACAAUUCAACCUUAACUGAUUUACCUGUUAAUUACUAUACUACUGAAAAUAAAAAAGAUAAUCAACCAAUUGGAGUAAAUCACCUUGAAAAUUGGUUUAAUAAAACAAAAGUAUCAAGAUUCAAUGAUGAAGAAAGAAAUUUCACUUCAUCCAAUUACGUUAAUAAUAAUAAUAAUAAUAAUAAUAAUAGUAAUAAUAAUAAUAAAGACGGUCUACAGAUGGAUCCAUACUCUUAUCAUUGUUAUUCUUAUUGUAAUUCUCGUCCAGAUGGUGAAUAUUAUGACUCAUGUAAACUGAUGGUGAAUACAAUUCAUGCUAAUUCCACCUGUAUUGACUACAGGGGGGAUUAUAAUGAGAGAUACAAUGAGAAAUGACAAAUUCACUUUGUUUGAAAUUGAAGUCAAGAAAAAUGUUGAAAUUUAAGUAUUCCGAUAUCCCUGAGGUUGUUUUUUCUUUUCACUUCUUUAUCCUUGCA